GUAACAGUUGGAAACCGUCGUGCGUUUCUCACUUUUGCGGUACACCGGUCGUUGACAUGAGGCUGCGAAAUAUCGUGCAAAUGAGAAAGAGUGAAGUGAUGAAAAGCUGGACAUAACCCUGUAACAAUGAGAUGGAUGCCCUAUUUCUAAGUCGAAAUACAUUCUCUUUAUUGUAAUCAAGGCUGUAUUCUGAUAAGAGAAAGGGAGAGAGAGAGAGAGAGAGAGAGAGAGAAAAAGUGAAGGAAAGAGAAAGUAACCGAGCGCGGUGUUUUUCGAAUUAUUUUGGAACUGCAGGGUCAAUAUGGGAUUGCUAUUUGCAAAGUUGUGGAGUUUCUUUGGUAAUGAAGAACAUAAAAUUGUUAUGGUAGGAUUGGAUAAUGCCGGUAAAACAACCAUAUUAUAUCAAUUUUUAAUGAACGAAGUUGUUCAUACGUCGCCGACUAUUGGUUCAAACGUAGAAGAAGUAGUAUGGAAGAAUAUUCAUUUCAUAAUGUGGGAUCUAGGGGGACAGCAGAGCUUGAGGGCCGCGUGGUCAACUUAUUACACGAAUACAGAAUUUAUAAUUAUGGUUAUAGACAGCACGGAUAGAGAAAGACUUGGUGUAAUAAGAGAAGAACUAUAUUCUAUGUUAAAUCACGAGGAACUUAGCAAAGCCAAUGUUUUAGUUUAUGCUAAUAAGCAGGACUUGAAGGGUAGUAUGACAGCCGCCGAAAUUUCAAGGCAACUAGAUUUGACGUCGAUCAAAAAACAUCAGUGGCACAUACAAAGCUGUUGUGCUCUCACGGGAGAAGGACUCUAUCAAGGACUGGAAUGGAUCGUUGGACGUCUCAAGAAGACAUGACGUACAUUAUGAGAAUUUGUCAUAAAUUCAACGGAAUAACUAAGCUGUAUAAUAUGUGAUUAGCGCGAGUUAGUAUCGUUGCUACUUUGAUGGUCGUACGUAUGGCAAAAAUAAUUUUAUGAUGUUUUAAAACGAUACAUUAAUUUAUAGUACGAUCAUCAAAGUAUAACUGCAUAUACCGAGAGACAAUUACUGUAGCAAAUGUUUAAUGUAUUUCAGAGUGGACGGGCAAAAAAUUUAUUUAUUUUCAAUAAAAUGAUGAUACACGCGCGCGCGUUUCUUAUAUAAAAGCGUGAAAAUAAUUGUGGAGAAAAAAUGAAUUAUUGAUAGGGAUAAAGCAAAAAAGGGAAAGGAAAGAAAACAGGGCGAAGCUAAAAGAUUGUAAAAUAUAAAAUAGGUUUACCAUAAUGUACAACGCUUGAUUAAUUUUACAAUAUUACAGAUACGUUAAAUAUGUGUUGUUUUACGUUUAAGUAACAUGCAUUUUCAAGAGUGACAACUGCCAAGUUUUAUUUCUCGUUCGCACAUAAUUCAUAUAUCAUUUUUAUUCCUGCAAGUACUAUCCAAUAAACUAUCGGUUAUUAUAAGAAAAAGAAGCGCAAUUGGAAGAAUUUGAAAUAAAUUCUUGAAAAUAGUCCGACCCGUCACUUGUGUUUAUAAUAAAUGCCGAAGCCGCAGGAAAUACUCGUUUACAUACAAGGAGAAUACAUCGUUUGGCUUCUUAUGCAAAAGUAAAAGGUACAUCUUUGUACAUAGUUUUUAUACACUUUAUUAACAAUAAGCAACUGUAAAAAAUAACGAAAAAGAUGAAAGAAAAAAAAGAAAAAGAAACAAAAAAAAAAAAGUAAGAUCAGCAAGUAUAGCUCCAAUCUAUAACAUAUUUUUAACAUUUCUGUAUCAGAUUUUAAGCAGAUUUCUUAGCAUCUGAACUACGCAAACAGCUGUAGGACUUCAUAAGAAAGAUACCCAAGAGACAGUUGAGCAUCAGCAAACAGAAUGUGAAUUGUUCUGCGAUACAUCGACUCGAUAUCGGGACGGGCGGUUGUUUGCUG